ACCGGGAAGUACCGGGAGUUAACAUGGCUUCGAAAGGACAGGUCGAGAGUUUAACCGAGGAGGCAAUUUGUCCCAUCUGCCUGGAUUUCUUCACCGAUCCGGUGUCACUGGAGUGUGGACACAACUUUUGCCGCUCCUGCAUCACACAGUGUUGGGAAAGUGGGGAGAGAAACUCCUGCCCGGAAUGUAGAGAGGAGUUUGCAGACCGCACCCUCAAGGUCAAUCGGGUGUUAGCAAGACUGGCUGAAAAAGCUCGAAAACUGCACCUGAAGCCGAAAGGGAAGGAAAGUAAACUUCACUGCGAGGAACACGAGGAAGAACUGAAGCUGUUUUGUGAGACGGACAAGACACUGAUCUGCCUGAUCUGUAGAGAUGCGCGGGAACACAAGUCUCACAACUUCAUGCCGGUUAACGAAGCCGUUAACAUUUACCAGGAUCGAGUUAAAUCUUCCUUGGACUCUCUCACAAAAAGACAAGCAGACUUCCAGGAAAUGGAGCAGGAACAGAAAGAGAAGAUUUCUGGAGUUCGGGAACAGUCACAAAGCGUUCAGUCCCAGAUCACAUCCCAGUUUGAUGAACUGCGCCGGAUUAUCACUGAGAAAGAGCAGCGUGCCCUCCGAGAUAUCAGGGAAGAAGAGGAGAGGAUUCUAAAUCCAAUGGAGAAAAAUCUUCAAGUAAUUCAAAAGAAUUUAAAUGCCAUCUACAAGGAAAUCUCAAAGUUACAGGAACAGAUGGAUCAACAAGACAAUAUCAUAUUCCUCAUGGAGGAAGCUCGUCGGAAGAGGAGGAUGAGUGAUGAUACCCAGACAUUGUCAGUGACAGAUGGUGCCCUAUUGGUUGAAAAAUUCGAUCACCCCUAUUUGCUCGACAUAGCAUCGGAAGAAGUGAUUGGCGGCAUUAAACACGUCUCUGUCACCCUGGAUGUGGAAACGGCGGGUCCGCGGCUCGAGGUGUCUGAGGAUCGGAAGAGUGUGAGCUACACCGGGACCCGGAGGAAUCUCCCUGACACCGGGAAGAGGUUCACAUACUGGCGUUGUGUGCUGGGAUCGGAGGGAUUCACAUCGGGGAGACAUUACUGGGAGGUGGAGGUGAUGGGGAAUCGGUGGUGGUAUCUGGGAGUCGCCGCAGAGUCUGUGGACAGGAAGGGAAAGUUCACGCUGAGUCCGGAGACCGGAUUCUGGACCAUCGGGCGGCGUGAUGACGUGUUCGGGGUUUACACCUCCCCUGAGUCCCGUCUCCCUGCCGAUCCCAUCCCCGGGAGGGUGGGAGUUUAUCUCAGUUACGAGUCCGGGACAGUUUCAUUUUACAACGCGGAGACCAAGUCCCAUCUCCACACCUUCACUGGGAAUAAAUUCACGGAGAAACUUUCUCCUUUCUUCUGGACUGGGUAUGAAAACGAGUGGCUGAGAAUCUGCUCCGGUUCCGCUCCGGGUCUGUAAACGGGUCGGGUCCCGGGAU